ACGAGGGAGCUGCAUAGUAGGAAUAUGGCGGCUGCCGGAGCCGGGAAAGUGGCAGCCGCCGCCGCCACUGGGGCAGCAGUAAAGCCGAUCUUCAGCCGAGACUUGGCUGAGGCCAAACGGCGUGUGCGAGAAUUGUAUAGGGCUUGGUACCGAGAAAUCCCAAACACUGUGCAUCUGUACCAGCUGGACAUCACAGUGAAACAGGGACGAGAUAAGGUGCGGGAGAUGUUCAUGAAGAAUGCCCAUGCCACAGACCCCAGGGUUAUUGAUAUGCUUGUUAUUAAGGGGAAAAUGGAACUCCAGGAGACUAUUCAUGUGUGGAAACAACGGACCCAUAUAAUGAGGUUUUUUCAUGAGACAGAAACACCACAACCCACGGACUUCCUGUCCAAGUUCUAUGCAGGCCAUGACCCUUGAGCUAAACAGACUUUGUGGAGCUGUAAUUCUGUAUUUUCUGUUGGAAAUAAAGCCCUACAUAUUGAAGAGUUCUUCAGCGGAAAGUUUC